GAGGUCUUCAUCAAACAAGACAAGAAAUCUAGACCAGGACAUCUUUGUCUCACUUUUUUUACCUUCAUCAAAACAUUACAUCUCUGUUGUUUCUGCACAUUAUGCAGCCAUAAAGUAGUAACUUUCCCCCUGGGAGUAACGCGUUAACGUUACACACAGUCCCUGAGGGCUGGAGAGAGGAGGGUCUUUGCGGCAACCAUCUCUGCCUCUGGAAACUUUUGGUCUGUCCUCUCCCCGUAGACAGCUCGCAAUGAUAAACCGUGGGCGUCUGCAGCAGGAAAAGGUGUAUCUGGAGCAGCAGCCGGGACAUAGGAUGCCUCAGAGAUAGACAAGCCUAAUGACGCAACGGGUUUACUCAAUACAGCUUGAUAUUGUGAGGGACAGGAUAAUACUUGCAGGGUUUCCCACGUUUCCUAUGACCAAAAGCAGGCUGAGGACUCGGAAAGUGACAGAUAUAACGUGACAGGCGCACAAGACCUUCCCAGUUGUGGAAACAAGCUCCUCCGGACACCAUGGACCAACAGACUUUCGUGAUGGCAUACAUUGUAUUACUUUUUCUACCUUGUGUUUUCAGUGCACGGUCGCGCAUACUAGUCCCUGGGUAUGAAACAGACAUCUCCAAAGAGCCAUACAGGGAGAGCCGGAAAGUUCUUACUACAACAGGCAAAGAAUGUAAGUUCCCAUUUCGUCAGGGUGGAAGGAUUCAUCACCACUGCCUCACCAUCCUAUCCACAAGACCAUGGUGUUCCCUCACACAUAAUUUUGAUCGGGACCGGCAGUGGGGCUUCUGUGCACCAGGGAAAACACAACCAGAUGUUUUUGUCCACACGUCACGCAGAGUCAUAAAUCCAUGUCAGGUGAAUCCGUGUCAGAAUGGAGGCGUCUGCACGCCGAUCCCACACAGACGCUCAUUUGAGUGCUCUUGUCCUGAGAGCUUCACUGGGAGACUCUGUGAGCAGAAAAAGUGCUAUGAAACCAUACACCUGCGCUAUUAUGACACCGGAGAGUCUUGGGGACGAAUUUACCUCCGUAGUGUGGAACAGUGCACAUGUGUGGCAGGAGAAAUCGAGUGUGAAAGUGUUCGCUACACAAUGUGCCGUUCAAACCCUUGUCAGAAUGACGGAACAUGUCGCAUGAUCAUAGCCACCGGCAAGGAAGUGUGCAACUGCAGACGCGGCUACAGCGGACCGUACUGUAGCUUUGAGCCGGAGACAGAGUGCUAUAACAGCAGGGGCACAGGUUACCGAGGGGUGGUGGGCACCACGGUGUCCGGCGCCCGGUGUCUGCCGUGGAACUCAGACCUGCUGUAUGACGAGCUCCAUGUGGGCACGGUGGCUGCCUCGCCCCUCAGGGGCCUCGGGGAACAUGCAUACUGCAGAAACCCAGAUGGGGACAAGAUGCCGUGGUGCUACACGCUAAAUGACAGCGCCAUCUCCUGGGAGUACUGUGACGUCCCCUCCUGUGUGAUGUCUGUGUCUUCUUCUCGGAGGAUUGUCCCAUUUAAUGUCACGCCUGUCAAUAAAAAACCCAAACCCUCCAAGCCAGCCAAAAAGCCUGUGUGUGGGAAAAAGCACAAGAAAAGGUUAUCGAUUGCCAGGGGGCGGAUAAUGGGCGGUAACUCAGCUCUGCCAGGUACUCACCCCUGGAUGGCAGCCAUUUACAUCGGACAGGCGGAUUUCUGCGCUGGCACCUUGGUCUCCUCUUGCUGGAUUGUGUCCGCUGCUCACUGCUUCUUCCGCAACCCCCUGAAGUCUCAGCUCCGCGUGGUGCUCGGCCAGCAGAAUUUCAACGUCAGCAGCCCCAACAGCAAGACAUUCGGAGUGGAGGAGUACAUCUUUCCAAAACAGUUCUCAGUGUUUAAUCCAACACUACAUGACAUUGUUCUGAUCAAGCUGAAGAAGCAGGACGGGCGGUGCGUGAGGAAAACCCCGUUCAUCCAACCCAUCUGUCUUCCAGACAACAGCAUGACGUUCCCUGAUGACUACUGCUGUACUAUUAGCGGCUGGGGACACAUGCAUGAGAAGGUGGAGGGCUACUCCAGUCUGCAGGAGGGUGGGGUGAGAUUGAUUCCUCAUGACACUUGCAGGAGGCCAGAAGUUUACGGCAACCACGUCACUGCUGACAUGCUCUGCGCGGGGCUCAACGGCUGUGUCGACGCCUGCCAGGGCGACUCUGGGGGCCCGCUGGCUUGUGCGAAGGAUGAUGUCAGCUUCCUGUAUGGGAUCAUCAGCUGGGGGGAGGGCUGCGGCCGCUCUGGAAAACCUGGUGUUUACACCAAAGUGGUGAACUACAUCAACUGGAUUGAUUCGGUGAUCAGACGCAAACCCAAGGCUUCAUGAAUGGACAUUAUCUGGACAUUAACUUAAAUAUAUGAGAUAUUGUACUAUAUUGUAUUCUUUACUGUUUCUUAUUUGCUUUUGGAAGUUUAUAGGUCAUAUUUUUUAACUGUGAAACAUUUUGUGACUGAAUAAACCCUUACUGACUUGA